AUGUCUGCCUCUGUGCUACUCGCAUUCGGGCACACUCAGCCCGCCCACGCCGUGUCGGGGGGAGGAGGCAUGGGUUCCUCCUUGGCAUACAAGGACAUGUCUGGCCAGGACCUUCGCAAGGCCAAGUACAACAAGGCCGACCUGAGGGGGGCCGACUUCUCCGGGUCCAACCUUGCGGGGGUGCCCAUGUUUGGCGCCAUCUGCGUCGAUGCCAAAUUUGUGGGCACCGACCUCAGCGCCGCCGAUCUGGAAAGCGCUGACCUGGAGGGGGCAGACCUUACCAAUGCCGUGCUGCAGGGCACCCUGUUGACAAAUGCUCAGUGGAAGCGGGUUGCCAGCAUCGAGGGCGCCGACUUCACGGAUGCCCUCAUUAGGAAGGACGUCGAGGCCUCGCUGUGCAGGCUGGCCAAGGGCACCAACCCCACCACAGGCACUGACACGCGUGAGAGCCUGCACUGUCGAUAG